UUGAGCAAAGAAUUGAAGGAGGGAAUGAGCCCUAUUUUGAAGUUUUCUCUUUUCUUAAAUAUUUGUGAGAACUUGGUAUCAAACUCCUUAUGUUCGGGUGAUGUGUAUUUAUUGCUUAUCUCUUAGUACCACAUCUUUUGGCAAAAUCAAGGGGGAAAAUUGGCCCACUUCUGACCCAUGCAUUGGGUGACUCCUAGCGCACCGGGAUAAACUCGAGGUCACAGAGGGUCCUGGGACCGCCUGUCACCCGCGCCGGAUUAGCUCCGGAGCCCAGCGCGACGCAGGACCCGCCCCCAACUUCGCCCAGGCCUCCUGCGUAACCACUGACACUCCGCCCCGCUGGAUCGAGGCUACGCGCAUGCCCAGCGUGGCGUCGCGCACGCGCUCUCCGUAGCUCUCUUCGACCUUUGACCUGCCGGCCGCCCUUGAGCCGGGGCCGCGAGGCGUGGAAGACGGAGCCCGCGCCCCCGAGGCAGAGCGGCUGCCAUGAAGUCGGUGCUUCUCACUGUCCCCAUUUCACAAGAGAAGGAACCUGAAGCUCUGCAUGUUUGACUCCUCCAGGGUCACUCAUCCCACGUGUGCCUGGGAUGGCACCACUCCUUCUGUGUCCCAAGACUUGACGUUUCCCAUCACAUGAUUUCUGCCUUGUAAUGGUCACUGCCGUUUGUUGGGGCCCUAUGAUGAGCCCUCGCUCCCACAUGUAACUCUGAGCCACCCUCAAGGGCUGAGUAAAAUGUGGCUCUGGAGGAGUUUGUAUCCUCUAGGAGAAGGCCAAGUACCUGGCCCAGAUCAUUGUGAUGGGGGCGCAGGUGGUGGGCAGAGCCUUUGCCCGGGCCCUGCGGCAGGAAUUUGCAGCCAGCCGGGCAGCAGCUGAUGCCCGGGGACGUGCCGGACACCAGUCUGCGGCCGCCUCUAACCUCUCCGGCCUCAGCCUCCAGGAGGCGCAGCAGAUUCUCAAUGUCUCCAAACUGAACCCCGAGGAGAUCCAGAAGAAGUACGAACACCUAUUCAAGGUGAAUGAUAAAUCUGUGGGCGGCUCCUUCUACCUGCAGUCAAAGGUGACAACAGCCACGUCAAUAAGAGAACUGAUAAACCUGACUACAGACUUCCAUAAAGCCCCUACUAGAGGCAAGCCCACAGUGAGCACUGCAUGAAUGCCGACUGCCCUUUAUGCAGCCUUUACUCAGCAGAAUGGCUCCAGAUUUACUAAGCGUCUGCUCCCUCACUGGCCAGGAUGGAGCCACGUGAGGCUAUGGGCCUCUGAAGUGUGGCCACUCCAAACUGAGAUGUGCUGUGGGUGUAAAAUACAUACCAGAUUCUGCAGACUUCAAACGAAAUGAAGAUUUUCAGUGUCUCAUUGAUAUAUUUUUAAUUUUGAAAUGAUAAUACUUUGGACAUAAUUGGGUUCCAGAAAAUAUAUGAUUACCGUUCAUUUCACCUAUUUCUCUGUACUUCAAUGCAGCAAUCAGGAAUUUUAAAAUCAGGUGUGUGGCUCUGUUGGCCAGUGCUGGCCCUACUGUGUGCUGACAUAUGGUGAGGAGCAAAGCAGACAGAGUGAGUGCAGUCGCAGGUGGCAUGAGUCAGACAGUCUUACAAACAACAAUGCCGAGUGUGGCGGGAAGACCUGCCUGUGCUCCGGUUUACUGAGGGUCUCACCUA